GUAGUAAACUAAAGAUGAUAAGUAGAAGACACAUACAUUACCCCACCUCCUCAACUUUCCUCUCUCUCUCUCUCUCAAGAAUAUCAUGAACAACAACAAAUACCAAGCAAAUAAAAAUAUAAUCUUUACAAGAUCUAUCUAAUAAGUAGUAGUAGUAGGUGGUUGUGGUGGUGGUGGUGGUGAUAAUCUCUGAGGUUGUGGUUGUGGGGAUGGGAUCUGUUGGCAACAACCCAAAUCCAUGGGCGCCAUACGACGCAUACAGAGACUGCUCUCAAGGCCUGUGCAGCGUCUACUGCCCACAAUGGUGCUACAUCGUCUACCCACCUCCGCCUCCUUUCGACUUUCCCGACCAAUACGACAUCACCGACCACGGCCACGACUCUUCUUCCACUGACUUCUCUCCUCUCAUCAUAGCUGUCAUCGGCAUCUUGGCCAGCGCCUUCAUCUUGUUGAGUUACUACACCAUCAUCUCCAAGUACUGCCGACGCCGCCGCGGCGGAGCUGGAGGAAACGACGACGCUGCUGCUGCUGCUGGAACUGACCCUGCAAACGCCACUAAUCCCCACCAGACCACUGCUUCUUCUGACCAGUCGUGUCAGUCUCCUUCCUCCGGGCUGGAAGAGGGUUUGAUCAAGUCCAUUAAGGUGUACAAGUACAAGAAAGGUGAUGGGUUGGUGGAAGGUUCUGACUGCUCUGUUUGUCUUAGUGAGUUCGAAGAAAACGAGGGUCUUAGAUUGCUUCCCAAGUGCAACCAUGCUUUUCAUGUUCCUUGUAUUGAUACUUGGUUGAAAUCCCACUCCAGCUGUCCCCUUUGCCGAUCCAAUAUUGCACCCUUUGUUACUGGUGUAAUGCCUCUACCAGAGUUGAGCACUGUCUCCUCCGCCAUGGAGUACCAGAGCAGAAGCAACGAGGCUGUUGUGAUUGUGGUUCACGAUUCCGAAUCGGGUUUUCUAGAAGAGGUAGAAGGAGACGAGCCUAAGACCCCAACUGGGGAUUUUAGUCAGGAUCAGGCAAUUCAUCAUGAAUUUGGAUAUGAAUAUGAUCAUGGAGUUCAGAUUCAACCACUCAGGAGAUCAGUGUCAUUGAAUUGUCAUAAUUUUUGUAAUGAUCAUCGUCUUUCAGUGGCUGAUAUAUUGCGAGCUGGUGAUGAUGAAGAUGAUGAUGAUGAUGAUGAUGGUGAUUUGAUCAUUCAGAUUGAGAAAGAUCUUGAGUUGUUGUCAAGGGGAAUUGGUACCUCAUCAAACUCAAAAGGAGGACAACAUUUCAAACCCAAUGAGGGAAGUGGAGUUCUCAACAUGGUAAGGAGUCCUCUUGCUAUGAGAAGAUCCAUUUCAACAGGGAGAUUUAUCUUUACAAGGUAUGGCAAAGGAAAAGAUUCUAUCAUUCCCAAUUGAAACUUUGUUUUUUUUUUUUUUUUUUUAAUUUCUUCUUCUCCAAAUGUAUAAAAAAAAUGGCAAGAGUUUUUUUUUUUUUAUUCUGUUUGUCUGUAACAUAUUAGAAAUACCAAAAGAGAAAUUCUCUUACUCCUUUCAUAUAGAGUUAAGACUAAUUGACUGCGUAUUCUCUUCAUCUUUUUCUUGUUCCAUAGUUAAUUACUUCACAAUAUACAGAGUAAGGAGAUGUUAUGGAUGA